UUGAGGCUGUGCCAGCGUGCAGCCGCAGCCUGGUCUGAGAUAUUGAUGCCAGCAGUGGGCAGCAUCACGAUGAUGAUCAACGAGCCGCAUAUGCAUAACCGCCAGCCUUGCCUCUGAUCCAUCUGAACAUUUCCUCCAUCAUGAGCGAGCCUUGAAGUCUCAAGUCUCAAGCAAACAAUGCCAUUAAAGUCACCGUCGCGGUCCGAUCACGAUGGGUACCGCUACCUCAGUCUUGGAAUGCCAGACUCGGUAUGAGUGGCUAGGACCCAUCAACUGUACGCUGGACUCGGUACCUUUUGGGCAGUUCGGCUCAAAUGCCUCGAUUACGGGGAUUGGGACCGAUAUCUCCUUCGUCCUGACGGCGGGACUCUCCCUCAUUACAUGCCUCCUCGUCCAAGUCUGGUGCGAUCGUUUACGGCAUCACUCAUGGCGAAAACUACUCGAGCCUCUCGUUGUGAGCUUCGGUGACCAGCAACUUUUGCGUGGUCUCUCGCUCUCUAUCGCGACCCUCUUCUUCUCCUCUGCCUGCACCAUCGACGCCUACCGCUACAAUGUCCUAGCAUACCUCUUGAUGAUGGCCAUCGUCUCCCACAUGUCCUCCGUUCUCGUCCUUCGAAGCUACGUCAACGGCCAAAUCGUGCUCUCCUGCGUGCGUUUCGUUCUCGUCGCCGCACAGAUGAUCUUCGCCGGCUACCUCUACAGCAGCCGCGUCUCCAACACCUUCCCGACCGGCAUCCCCAGCCCCAACUCCGGCCACAACACCACCAUGGUGCUCCCCGCCGUCUGUUUCGAGCACCCAUUCUCAGAGCCCUAUUCAGCACUCGAAGAUAUCCCCAAAUCGCACACCAAGGACUCGGCUGCCCUGACGAUGUAUAUCAUGCUCUUCGUCUUCUACGGCAUCAACCUGAUCAUCACGGCCGCGCACGUAAUCACGUACCUCCGUUUCCCGCAAUGGACGUGGGAGAGACAGCAUCAGAAAGAGGAGCGCGCGGCGGCCGGGUCGUGGUGGUGGUGGAUGGGCAGUUUACGGGGUCUGGUCCUGCUCGGCGCUAUGAUCAUGUACAUCUGGGCCGUGAUCAAAAUUGGACGUUUGGACAGUUGUUGAGUACAUUGCUAUUAGCAGCCGCCCCACUAUCCGUACUCGAGGCUUGGAGCGACUUCAAAACCGAGCGAGCA